GCCACACUUCUCUUUCUUCCACCAUCACCACAAAUUAUCUUCAUUUUCCGGCAACAUGUCAUCUUUUUCAGUCAAAAUUUUCACACCCAAUUCAUAUCUCAACAAGCCCAUAUCCAAUAUCACCUCUACAAGACUAUAUGCAACACCAUCAUCACAAACAGCUUCCCCUGCACCAGCUGGUGCAACUCACUCAGUUGAUGAUCAGCUGGUUGAUAGACUAGAGCCAAGAGUUGAAAAAAAAGAUGGUUUUUAUGUACUUAAAGAGAAGUUUAGACAAGGUAUUAAUCCACAAGAAAAAGUUAAGAUUGCUAGUGAACCAAUGAAGUUGUUUAUGGAAAAUGGUAUUGAAGAUCUUGCUAAAUUAUCAUUUGAAGAUAUUGAUAAGUCUAAAGAUACUAAAGAUGAUGUUGAUGUUAGACUUAAAUGGCUUGGUUUGUUUCAUAGAAGGAAGCAUCAAUAUGGUCGGUUUAUGAUGAGGUUGAAGCUCCCAAACGGCGUAACAACAAGUGCCCAAACUCGAUACUUAGCUAGUGUAAUUAAGCAGUAUGGUGAGCAGGGUUGUGCUGAUGUUACCACACGCCAAAACUGGCAAAUUCGCGGUGUUACACUACCUGAUGUACCUGCAAUUUUAAAGGGUCUUGAUGAAGUUGGUUUAACAAGCCUACAAAGUGGUAUGGACAAUGUUAGGAACCCUGUUGGGAACCCACUUGCAGGGAUUGACCCGUAUGAGAUCGUGGACACGAGGCCUUAUACCAACUUAUUAUCACAAUACAUCACUGCAAAUUCGAAAGGGAAUCCAGAGUUUACUAACUUGCCUAGGAAAUGGAAUGUGUGUGUGAUUGGUUCACAUGAUCUUUAUGAACACCCUCACAUCAACGAUUUAGCUUACAUGCCAGCUACGAAAAAUGGCAGAUUCGGGUUUAAUUUGUUGGUUGGGGGUUUCUUUAGCCCGAAGAGAUGUGCUGAGGCUAUCCCUCUUGAUGCAUGGGUCCCAGCUGAAGAUGUUAUCCCAGUUUGUGGGGCGAUUCUUGAGGCUUAUCGUGAUCUUGGUACCAGAGGGAAUAGGCAAAAGACGAGAAUGAUGUGGUUGAUUGAUGAACUGGGUGUAGAAGGGUUCCGCUCAGAAGUGGUAAAGAGAAUGCCCGAACAAGCAUUGGAGAGAGCAUCCUCUGAAGAUUUAAUUGACCCAAAAUGGGAAAGAAGGGAUUACUUUGGUGUGAACCCACAGAAACAAGAGGGCCUCAACUUUGUGGGCCUUCACAUCCCUGUUGGUCGGGUUCAAGCCGAUGACAUGGAUGAGUUGGCACGGAUAGCCGACGAGUAUGGCUCAGGGGAGCUUCGUCUAACGGUGGAACAAAACAUCAUACUACCAAAUGUACCAAACUCAAAAGUCAAAGCUUUGCUUGACGAACCUCUUCUAAAAGAAAAGUUUUUACCCGAGCCACCUAUCUUGAUGAAAGGGUUAGUGGCUUGCACGGGUAACCAGUUUUGCGGUCAGGCUAUUAUUGAGACCAAAGCUCGUGCUUUGAAGGUUACAGAAGAAGUGGGAAGACUUGUUUCCGUGACCCGUCCAGUGAGGAUGCACUGGACAGGCUGCCCAAACACAUGCGGGCAGGUUCAAGUUGCGGAUAUAGGGUUUAUGGGUUGCAUGACUAGAGACGAAAACGGAAAGGUUGUUGAAGGAGCUGAUGUUUACUUAGGAGGUAGAAUUGGAAGUGACUCACAUUUGGGUGAUAUCUAUAAAAAGGCUGUCCCUUGUAAGGACUUGGUGUCUUUAGUAGUGGAUAUUAUGGUUGAGAAAUUUGGUGCUGUCCCAAGAGAAAGAGAAGAGGGUGAAGAAUGAAGAAAAUAUUAGUGUACGGGUAACAAAUGUACAUCCAAAUGAAAUGGAGGGCUAAAAGUAAAAGUUGUUAUGUUGCAGAGAGGUUCUGUAAGUUUAAUGUUGUGCAAACUUCCACACAUAUCUCUAAUUUUUUGCUAAUUAAGUAGCUGUGUAAUAAUAAUAUGUAAAAGUUGGGAUUCAAGUGCUAUAAUAUAUUCCUUCUCAUUAAUAAAAGUGUUUUAAAUUCUUUUGAAA